GGAGUUUGCAUUGAAUUUAUUUUGGCAUCAAACAAUUUUCAACUUACGUGACAACAUUUUUCAUCUUUUUUCUCAGUUUGAAACUAGUAAUAUGUUUCAAUAAAUUUCAUUUCAAGUUGUUUUAGUGAAUAAAAAGUAAAUUCAUUUCAUAAAAACAUGGGAUUCCACUGGCAAGACGAUUCCGGCUCUGGAUCAGAUUCAGAAUCUCAUGGUAGCAGAAGUAGAAGCGCAACACCAGCUCAUUCGGGCGAUGAGGCUGCUCCUGGUGGCGUUAAUAAUCGAUCACCCUCAAGGUCCCGUUCAAAUUCACCGGCAUCACGUACAAGCCAUUCUCGCAGCCCUAGUCGUUCGCGCAGUGGCUCACGAAGCCGAACACCGUCGAAAAGUCGAUCACCAUCGCCGAAUGGCUCACACAAAUCACGUAGCCGUAGUCGAAGCGGUAGCGGUAGCCACAGCCGAACACCCUCCCAACAAUCGCAGCAAUCAAAUCGAUCGGGUUCACGUCAUUCGAACCAAUCGAAAAGUGGCUCACCACAUUCGAACCGAUCGAAAAGUGGCUCACCACAUUCAAACCGGUCGAAAAGUGGCUCACCACAUUCGAACCGAUCGAAAAGUGGCUCACCACAUCCAAACCGGUCGAAAAGUGGUUCACCACAUUCAAACCGAUCAAAAAGCGCUUCACAGAAAUCUGGCACUCGCAGUCGCAGCGCUUCAGCCGAAUCAGACAUUGGUGGUGAGAAGCGGAAGCGGCAAGUGUUAAGCGAUUCUGGCAGUGAAACCGAAAAGAAAAUGCCAAAAAAGAAGAAAUCCACUUUGAUUGAUUCGGACAGUGAGCCAGAAGAACAGCCGGCAGCCGCAGAAAAUGAUGAUAUGGAUGCAGCUGAUAUUUUUGGUGACGCCGAUGAUAUAAGUACCGAUGGAGAAGAGGAGCACGAGAAGAAAAGAGGUGGCGAUAGUUCCGAAGAUGAUGUUCGCCGUGGAAGUGAUCACGAAAAUGACGAUAAUCGUCGCAGAGACUCGGAUAGACGAAGCUCAGUUAGCGGUGAUGAGCGUCGAAGUGACGAUGAACGCACACAACGUGAAAAAGAGCCUGAACCGGAACCGGAGCCAAUACCAGAACGUCGCAUUGAUGUUGAAAUCCCACGAAUCGUUUCAGAUUUGGGCAAAGAUAUUCAUUUUGUCAAAUUGCCAAAUUUCUUAUCGGUCGAAACCCGUCCAUUUGAUCCACAAACAUAUGAAGAUGAAAUUGACGAAGAAGAAACACUGGACGAAGAAGGUCGACAAAGAAUCAAAUUGAAAGUGAGCAACACAAUUCGGUGGCGCGAAGACUUGGAUGAUGAGGGAAAUACGGUAAAAGAAUCAAAUGCACGUAUCGUGAAGUGGUCAGAUGGAAGCAUGAGCUUGCAUUUGGGCAAUGAAAUUUUCGAUGUGUAUAAGCAACCGUUGCAAGGUGAUCACAAUCACUUGUUCAUUCGUCAAGGAACGGGUCUACAAGGACAGGCGGUUUUCCGAACGAAGCUCACAUUCCGACCAUACUCCACCGAAUCGUUUACACACAAGAAGAUGACAAUGUCUUUGGCUGAUCGAUCGCAAAAGACGUCUGGCAUUAAAAUUCUUACACAAGUUGGUCACGAUCCAGACGCAAAUCGUUAUGCCAAAUUAAAGAAGGAAGAAGAGCAAUUGCGUGCCGCGAUGAGAGCAAAGACUACACAAACUAAACAAAAGCGACGAGAAACAGCGGCUAGUAUUAAUAAUUACCGUGAAGAGCACGAUUCAGAUGAUGAAGGCGCCAUUUCGAUUGCGGCUAUCAAAAAUAAAUACACCGGCAAAGGUGGACCCAGCGCAUCGAAACAAGGUUCUGGCAUCUAUUCAUCCGACGAAGACGAUUCUGAUAUUGACACAAGACGCAAGAAGAAAGCAGACAAAUCCAAAGCGUUACGUCAAUUGGCUGAUUCAGAUGAAGAUAGCGCCGGUACAAAUCAUGAAGCUGGUAGCGGCUCACGCACUGGCUCUGGAUCGGGAUCGGGCUCAGAUUAGAAUUUCAAUCAAUUGUAUUUAGCAUUAAGACUUCAUUUCUGACAAGUAACCAAUAAAAUAAAUUGUAUAAAACUAGACGCAUUUGAAA